AUGUCAUGCAGUGGAUUCGCCAACGAACCCCGGCGACCUGAGAUUGAUUCCCGGUCACGGGAGCCCCAGGGGCCCCAGGAGGCCCAGGCGCCGGAUUCAGAGAGAGAGCAGCCGUCUUUAGAAAGAGCAACAAGUCAGAGAGCGAGCGUGGACUGCGUCGGCAUCUUAAAGCUGCGCAAUGCAGACGUGGAGGCUCGCAUCGGUCCCGUGCGCUCCAAGAAGAAAAGCACGCGCGUGCGCCUCGUGUUCCGCGUCACCAUCCCGCGGCCCGAUGGGCCGGCCCUCACCCUGCAGGCCUGCUCCACGCCCAUCCUGUGCACUCAGCCAGCAGGAACUCCAGAGAUCUUGAAAAAGAGCCUGCACAGUUGCUCGCCACAAGGGGGUGAGGAGCUCUUUAUCAUCGGCAAGAACUUUCUCAAAGGUGUGAAGGUCAUCUUCCAGGAGAACGCAGCAGAAGGACAAGUUGUGUGGGAGGCAGAAGCAGAGAUUGAUAUGGAGUUUUAUCACCAGAACCACCUUAUAGUGAAAGUACCGCCGUACUGCGACCCCGACAUCGCCAGUCCUGUGUCUGUGGGGAUUUUUGUGAACAGCAGCGCAGGGCGGUCGCAUGAGGUGCAGCCGUUCACGUACACACCCGACACAGUCACGGUGCCUGCAAAAACGAAAAGCAUAAAAAGUGAAGAGUCGUCGCAGUGCGCCUUCGAAGAUCCUUUACAAACGCCCGUGACGUGCCAGUGCGUCACGUUGGCCCUCAAGCCGGGCAGCUGCGACGCGCCGGGUGGGCUGCUCCUGUCCAAGCUGGAUGACGUUGCCCUGAUGGAGGUGUCCAACAGCAGCCCCCUGCCCCAACAGCCCGGCGGGGAAAUUAGUGUUACGUGCAAGAUGUCUCCAAAACAGGAGGAUAUGAAACAGCCGUGCUUCUGUUUGUCACCGACGCAACUUGGAUCCCCUGUACAGCUUUCUGCCAUGAGCCAGUUCAAACCUGAGCCGAGCGACAUAGCAGUUGCUCAUCUUUCUGCCCACGGAGGUCUCUCACCACAGCAGCAGCAACAGCAACAGCAGCAACAACAACCGCAGAGCCAGCCAGUUCAGGCUCCAAAUUUUACCCCCCAAACCUUAAUUGUGCAAGUGCAGAGCCAGGACGGCAGUCUACAACAACAACAACAACAGGGCCUCUUGCAAGUUGCGGCUGCACUGCAAAACCCAUCGAUGGAGCAAGUGGUUUAUCAGACGGCAGGAGAACCCAUGGCACAGCAACCAUCUGUGGCUCCUCGUGUUGAGGCGCAAGCGGAGAACGAUUCCGCAGGCAGCCAAGUGCCCGUGAGCAUCAUGGAUGGAAUCUUGUCUGCUGGCGAGCCCAUGGUGCCCAUUACCACGCAGUUGCACUUGAUGCAGCAGGGCUCUCAGCCUCCUUCUCAACAGCCUCCUCCUCAGCAGCAGCAGUCGCCCCAACAGAUGUUUCAGAUUGCACCGCAGACCAACGCUCAGGUGGAAGAGGGGAUGGCCGUGAGCCACCCACGUCCCGAGCAGCACGUGCCACAGCAGCAGCUGUGCGAGGUGACGGCGGCACCGCCGCUGAUGCAGUCCUCGGGGUCGAACGCGAACCCCCCGUCGUCGCCGCUGCUGCGCUGCGAGGGCGUGAGUCUGCACAGGCAGCCGAGCAGCAUGUGCUCAGAGGACCUGGACACGGUGAACAUGGUGAUUGAGAUGCAGCAGGCGCUGGAGGAGAGGUCGCAUGGCGGCGGCGCUGUCUUCCAACCCCAGGAGGCCAUGGAUAUACAGCAAGCGGCCCACAAGAGGCCCCACGUCGACAUGAAACCCGAGCUGUUUCACCAGGAUCAAAAUCCAGCCAAGUCCUCGCAUUUCAUGACGCACAACGAAAUGAUGCAGUACACAACACAGAGUGUUCCACAGGGUCCAAUUCAGACUGGCGUCUAUCAGCAGACUCCGGCCGAAGUGGUGGAGCAGGUUAUUGCUGAUGCCAAUAGGCAGAUCCAGGCUGAAAUGAUCCAAAUAAUUGCGUCGGGCCAGAGCAGCAGCCAACUCUCCGAUUCCAACACUUUUAACCUCAUGGAGAUGCGGUCGGACGCUACCUCGGAGCCGCACGGCUUUCAGUCGAACGCUCCCAUGCUGCAGCAGUGCACAGGGAGUGGUAUUUCCAAUAUGUUUCAGUCCAACUUGGACAUGAUGCAGGUGCAUGAGCAGUGCCAGCCAGUCGACAUGGUUCAAGGUGCCGUGUGCGACUUGAACAAACAUUCCAAUGAGAGUCCUCAGCAGACGAAUCUCUUUCAAGUCACUCAGGCGUCCAGCAGUUCCAGCCAGGCAGAUUUCUUUCAGGCCGCCGUGAACAUUGUUUCUUCUCAGCCGAGCAGUGGGACCCAAAUGAGCAGCAUGUACCACACCAAUGAAAUGCUUUCUCAGAUAAACAAGGAGCUUGAGAUCUUGAAUUCAUCCCAGGCUGACGGAGGUAUAACGCAACAAAACGGAAGCUUGGAGCAGGCGGUAUUCCAAGGCAGUGUAGCGCCAUGCGACAGCUCCCAGCAGUCAGAUCUGUAUCAGGUGGAGGGCUCCAUGUCAUCCAUGAAGGUUGACUCAGGAAUGCAGAUAUCUGCCCCAAAUGAAAACCUAGGCCUCAUUACUCCACAGCUGCCAAAAACGAAUUCACAAACAAGCCUUUUCCAAACCACUGGAGACAUAUCUCAGCAGCCCAGCUUGUUUCAGCCCUCAGGAAUUGUGCAACACAGCGGCAACACUCAACAGUUCAGCUUACUGGUGGUCGGAGACAGCAUCUCGACUGAGGGAAAGAACGAAAUUGAGAUGUCAAGCCAACCGCAAGCCAUUGGACAGCUCAUAUCCAGUCACCCCAAUGGAAACACAGUACAACCCGGCCUCUUUCAGACCAAUGGUGGUAUUAUGGCCAUGCAGACCAACGUAAUGUCUCAGCCACCUACGUUGUUAUUUUCGGCAGGAAAUAUUCUACCUUCCCAGCCGAACAUCAACAUUCACAUGUCCAACGCACCACCGCAGACCAUAAUAGAAAUGCUGCCGGCGCAGCAGGGCAAUGCUCAGACUCGACAGCCUGGCCUCUUUCAGGCGUCCGUGACGCCGGUCGCAGGUGGUAACCAACCGCCCGCCAGCCUGCCAGGCGAUGGCAUCAUGUCUGUGACAGGGCUAGGCUCAGUCGUACCGAUGGCCCCCGGAGAGAUGUUGCCAUCGCAAGCGCCAGAGAACCCUCCUCGGCAAGCCACGAUGUUCUCCGGGUUCCAGGGAGAGCCAGGGGGGCUGGUGGCAUCACAGGCGUCGGCCCAGGCGCCCAACGCGACGUCUCAGCAAAAUCAGCAGGCGGUCACUCUGCAACAGCCGGACCUGUUUCUGUUUGUGGACAUGGACACUGUUGGUCAGAGCCAGCCCUUGGGUGGUGGUGGGGAGCCCAUGCAGCUUGGUUUGGGUGCGCUACCAGCCUCCCACCUCCUGCAGGCGUCCGGGUCUUUGGGUGGCGGUGGCGGCGGCGGCAGCAGCGCUGGGGGGGGCGACACCGUCGGAAGCGUAGCCGGUGCCGCCCCAGGCUCCUUGGCGCCUGCGAGUGGACACGUCGCGUCGGGUGGCAGCUUGCAGGCCGCUAUCGCCGCCUGUGUCACAGAUCCCAUGGCCGGCCUCACCUUGGACCAGAACAUGGAGCGCAUCGAAGAGCUGCUCGUGUCGUUACAGGCACGGCGCGACGACCACCACCACCACCAGGAUCACGAUGUUAGUAUGCAGGAAUGAACAUACGACCACCAUUCCUAGUGAGUCUGAUGGAUUUCUGCCCAAGACAACAACAAAAAGCACUUCUGCGCGGCUUAACCAUGGCUGUACAAGCUAAAAGUGGUAGUAAGGAUUUUAGUGAAUCUGGUCUCAGUUGUUGACGUUAGUCGUGUGUGUGUGUCAACGUGCUCUGGUGUAUUGGAGUGGUAGCUGAUUGUGUCUUACGUGGACAAAAUAAGCUUUUAACACUGUGAUUCAAUGUUUGUACGUGGUCGUGAUGUGUCCGCGUCUUAGUCGGCAGCUCUUUGUUACACGCUGAAAUGGCCUUUCACAGACCGUGUAGGUGCGUCUAGUGGUCGCUUUGGCCCCUGUUGUCCUCCCCCCUCAUUGGCUUUUUCGUUUGGUUUGUAUUACAUACGCUUCCCGCACUUUACACAUUAUUGCUGCUGUGAUUUCAGGCCAACGGAUGAUGUCUGUGAUGCUUAAUUACAUACAGUUGCCGAACUUUAGUGUGUGUGUGUGCGCGCGUGUGCAAUGACAUUUAUUAUGCCUGUCCCCUUGUGGGGGGGGUUGUUAUUUUCUCUCUCAUUACAAUGUUGUUUAUAGCAUCAGCUGUGAAUUUCACUUCCGAAGUAAACCUGUUGAGACCGCGGUUUUUUGCUGUUACCAGUCAGUAUGCGUUUUUAACUUUAGAGUUUUUUUGGAGCCCCAUUGAGGUAUCCGUGACUGACUCGUGUGUCUGUCUGUGUCUACUCUACGAGCUUAUCUGGUGGGCGGAGGGUUGUUUUGUGACGGGGAAUGGUUUUCGGACGUCGAAGGUUUACCGUUUUCCGAGUCGGAGGCAUCAAGGGACAUCCUUCGUGUCGAGCGAGUUUCUUUUUAGGAAAUUUUGUACACAGUAGUGUAUUUAAAUGUAUUUUAUAUGAGGAAAAAGUGCCCCUUCGGUGCAAAUGUUGUUCACUGUUGGGUUAAUAGUAAAACAAGUCUCAGUAUAAGCCUAAAUAUCUUUUUUUUUAUAUAUAAAUAUAUACAAUAUUGUACAAUGCAGUUUAGUUGGCUUCCUUGUAGAACUUGUUUAUUUUGUGCUGGCUUUUCUCAGCCCUGUAUAUUAUUAUAUUAUAUAUAAACAUAUUUACUGCUUUAGUUUGCUGUGCUGUUUUAAGCAGAGAUGGGGUUUCCUCCUCGUAUUGGGUUUUGUAGAAAGUGUUUUGAAAGCACAACAUUAUCAAUAAAUGACUUCUACAGUGGAA